AAUGUAUUAAAACUCAAUCAGCUUAUUUUCUGAUAUUGAUACAAAGUACAUACUUCUAAAUGACUACCUUUGAAGAUCGAGUAGCCCUGUUGUGCUUAGAUCACUACAAUUCCUUACCUAAAACCGGAAAACCAACCACUGGUCAGCAAUGGACUGUAUUAUCUUGUGUUGUAGAAUAUAAUUCUAUCGAAGACUCUUUAAAACUUGUAUCCCUCGGUACUGGUUCCAAAUGCCUCGGUAGGACACAAAUGAGCUGUAAAGGGGAUAAAAUAAAUGAUAGUCAUUCUGAAGUACUAGCUAGAAGAGGAUUUUUAAGAUAUGUGUUUGACCAGAUCAUUAACAAAUCAGAAAUAUUUGUAUAUAAUUCUGAGAAGCAUAUUUUCUGUAAGAAGUUAAAUAUUUCUUAUCAUUUUUUCAGUACUCAAACACCUUGCGGAGAUGCUUCUAUAUUUCCAAAGUCUGAAUAUUUAUCAACCACAGUAGGAAUACAUUUCAAUGAAGAUAAGAAAAGGAAAAAUUUAGAUGAGCCAGAAAUAUGUCCGAAAAAACAAAAAGUCGAGCACACAGUAAAUAAUGUAAUCAAUGAUAUUUAUCGAACAGGUGCAAAAUGCUUAGAAUCAAGUCUAAUAACAGAUUCCAAGGGAUCGGGCGCUGAUUUUCAUGUUUUAGGAGCAAUUCGAACAAAACCUGGCAGAGGAGAUCCUACAUUAUCUGUAUCUUGUAGUGAUAAACUUUCACGUUGGAAUAUAAUGGGUGUGCAAGGCGCACUUUUGCUUUUAAUACUAGAUGAACCUAUAUAUUUUGAAUCAAUAAUAAUAACGCAAGAUUCUCCUCUGUGUCUUAAAGCACUGCAGAGGGCAAUUUUGGGUAGGUGGGCUGAAAAACAGAUUUCUUUAAAUCAACCGUAUAAAAUAAAUACUCCUAAGAUAACAGCAGCAAGUAAUACAAUAAAAUUUGUUCAUGCAAGAACAAGUAUUACUGAACAACCUUGCCCCUCGGGCAUUGUUUGGGUUAAGGCUAAAGAUAAUCCUUUAGAAAUUAUUGUUAAUGGGUCAAAACAGGGGGUUACUAAGGCUAAAUUGAAAGAGGGGAAGGGUGCAUCACUAAUUUGUAGAAAACGACUGUAUGAAAUGUUCUUCAAAGUCAUGGAACUUUAUCCAGAUAUUUGUAAAGAGAUUUUUAAUUCGCAUCAAGCAGAUUUGACAAAAAGUUACCUAACAGUCAAAUUGAUGUCCAGCACAUAUCAAAAUGUAUGGAAUGUACUUCGAAAUAACUAUUUCGACUUGUGGACUGAUAAACCUAUGGAGACAAAGGAAUUUUGUCUUACGUAA